AAAGCAAUGAGUAAUACAUUUGUGUUUUAUUUUUCAGAUCAAAGUUAUGCCAGCAGAUGAAGCUUUUUCAUUUGAUUACAAGUGGGAUAUUGUGAAAACAAAGGCACAGUUGAUUUUGGCAAGCAAGAUUGUGAUGCUCAAUAGUGGAAACUGGGAGAGUUUGGCCAGUUUAAAGAAUGUGUACACUAAAGAAAUCUUUUGUGAGCCACUGGGUACUAAAAGAUGGAGUAAUGACCUGUUUUUUGGACAUCAAAGAAUUGCUAGCAUGAACCAUUCCUGUAUAGAGCUGUGCACUGAAAUUCCAGACAAACUUGGUGUGACAGAGGAGAUGUUGAAGCCAUUUUUGGAGGGUUGGUCAUUGCAACAAGUCCUCGAUGCCAAACGGUUGUUUAUUGUUGAUCAUAAAAUAUUAGAAGGGUUGCCUUGCAGAGA